AUGUGAAAUGGAACAAUCAUAGCAAACAAACAGUGUCUCCGCCUUGUUAGAGCUAACUCCACCCUGUCUUGCUCAUUCUCGACCUCCUCCUUCUUCCUUUCUUUAGAUGGCUUUGUAAUCUUUAUGCCCAUUAUUACCGAGUUGUUGUUGCUGCGUUCCAUCGCCAAUGACUAAACAAAGCAAUAAAAUUAUAGAAACUUGGUAAAGUUUUGUUGUUACAAGGCCCCUUUCCCUCCCCUUCUCCGGUUGGUGGGUCUCCUUUCCUUCUUCCAUAGUCCACCCCAAGCAGUGAAACAGACUACAAGUGGAGCGAAAGACUCCAAGGCCGAAGACUUUCGAUCUCCAAGAUCCAUUUUUUAUCUUUCCUCUCAAUCUCGCAGGCCUUUGAGUACCGAAUUCGAGCCUCUCCGCUGUUGGAUUUCUGCUUUCGGAUGCUGCUUUGCGAUCCUUCUGUUCGAUUGUGCGGUGAGGAAAAGGUAGGAUUUUUAUCGGGGAAUUGAGAUGGGGAGUGGGAGUUGGAGGGGCUCCGUGGCGGCGAGAUAAGACGGGGAGGGUGGAGCGGACGUCGGCGAUGAGCUUCAAGAGAGGAAGCAGUGCCGGUGCCGGCGCCGGCGAGGUGUCGGCGAAGGGAAUGGUGCCGAAAAAGUGGACCCUUUUGCUUUGCCUUGGAAGCUUCUGUGUAGGUCUUCUCUUCACCAACAGUUGGUCUAUGCCUGAAGCCCAGGACAUCAUCAAGACAACAACAAGAUCAGACGACAAUAAGCUCAAUCUCGUUUCUGGCGACUGCGAUCCGAGAACAAACAUCCACAACAACGUCGAAGAUACUCAGCAAGUAAUCCAAACUCUGGAUAAAACGAUAUCGGACUUAGAAAUGGAGUUGUCAGCUGCCAGAGCUGCGCAGGAAUCAAUACUUAAUGGUGCUCCGGUGCCAGAGACUCUCAAGGAAACUGAGUCAGCUGGAAGGAGGAGGUAUCUCAUGGUUAUAGGAAUCAACACUGCAUUUAGCAGUCGCAGGCGAAGGGAUUCAGUUCGCGCGACUUGGAUGCCUCAAGGUGAGAAAAGAAAGAAGCUUGAGGAAGAGAAAGGAAUUAUCGUUCGCUUUGUCAUCGGUCACAGUGCUACAUCAGGUGGAAUUUUGGACAAGGCAAUCGAAGCUGAACAUCGAAAGCAUGGUGACUUCAUGAGGCUGGAUCAUGUCGAAGGCUAUCUCGAGUUAUCAGCCAAAACAAAAAUAUAUUUUGCAACUGCUGUCACCAUGUGGAAUGCAGAUUUCUACAUUAAAGUAGAUGAUGAUGUCCAUGUAAACAUCGCAACACUUGGAGCCACUCUGGCUAAACAUCGGUCGAAGCCUCGGGUGUAUAUUGGAUGCAUGAAAUCUGGUCCAGUGCUAGCUCAAAAGGGGGUGAGAUAUCAUGAACCUGAGUAUUGGAAGUUUGGCGAUGACGGAAAUAAGUAUUUCCGGCACGCAACCGGUCAGCUAUAUGCCAUUUCAAAGGACUUGGCUGCUUACAUAUCCAUGAAUCAGCAUGUGCUUCACAAGUACGCAAAUGAGGAUGUUUCACUCGGGUCAUGGUUCAUUGGGCUAGAUGUCGAACACAUCGAUGAUAAGAAACUAUGUUGCGGCACUCCGCCCGACUGUGAAUGGAAAGCCCAGGCAGGCAACAUCUGUGUUGCCUCAUUUGACUGGACCUGCAGCGGCAUUUGCAACUCGGCCGAAAGGAUCAAAGACGUUCACCGGCGAUGCGGUGAAGGAGAGAAGACUCUGUGGAACACAGACUUCUGAAAGAAUCACCCUAUUUUCCUUCAUUUAGCCACACAAUAUGUUAUGUUCAUUCAAAAUUUGCUAUGUUUGUCUGUACACUAAAUUCAUCAUAAUUUUUCUUUGCUGGUGAGGGAAGAAUGCUUUAGGUUUCGAAAAGAAAAAGAUCCCCAAAGCAUUAAGGAGGAAGGGGAUAUAUAGAGAUAGAGAGAGGAGUGAUUGCUCUCCCCCCACAAUAAUGUAACUCCUGUAAAACAAUACCUUCUUGUUCAAUAAGUAAUCAUUAAGGCGGUAAAUAAAUCAAACAUUCAUGAGUAAA